AUGGGAGUGACAGCUGGCCCGAACCGCACCUCCCUGCUCACCCGACUCCGGCCGCGGACGCCCCAAAUCGCCAGCCCUGCCAGAGAACCGCGAGGGGUGGCAGGGGAGCACCGGGCGCCCAGAGCCCCGGCCACAGGCCGCUGGGCGCCGCGCCGGCGGGGACUAGGAGCGAAGGCUCCGCAAGGGGCCCGGCCCGGGCCGAGCCGAGCCGAGCCGAGCAGGGAGGGCGGGCCACACGGGCCCGCCGCCUCCGCCACCGGAGAAAAUGGAGGCAGCCCGGGCCGGGCCGGGCUGGGGGUCACUCACCGGGCUGGGCCGGGCGGCUCCCUCUCCGCCUCCGCGUCGUCGCCGUCCCCGUCCUCGGCCGCCGCCGCCUCGGGCUGCUCACUGGGUCCCCGCGGCGCGGCUCGGGCGCUCGGCCCCUCCGUUGUCUUCCGCCUGUUCCUGCUCCCGGCUCCCGGCUCCCGCGGCGGCGGCGGUGGCUGCGCGGGCGGACGGUGGCCCUGGGGCUCCCGCGGCGGCCGCUGCACUGCUGCGCUCACUCGCUUGGGCUGCGGCUGCGGCUGCUGCUGCGGGACCAGGCGCCGCCUUCGCCUUCGCCGGCUGCUGGAGAAUCAGUCUCUCUCAGGCCUCGCCGCUCCCCGCUCCCGGCCCGAGCCCGGCUUUGACGUACGCACUGCGCAGCCGCGGAGGGCGCGACGUCGGGCGGUGCCGCAACGCCCCCUGCGGCCUCGGGCGCGCCCCAGCGGCCGGGCGGACUCGCGACAGCGGAGUCCGCGCCUAGGCCGAAGCGGGAGGGGACGCAGAGAAAAAGCAGCAGCCAGAGCACUCGGGAAGGGAACAUGCUGGAGAGGUCUCCAUGGUAGAGCAAGUCUCCCCUAUUCUCUGCACCCUGGAAGUCCCUACAGAAUGAUGCAGGACUUGGUCCAGGGACUGCUGACUAACAUGAUACAGAACACUUCUACACCACCUCUCAGUAGAUCUGUGGACGACACCCCAAGAAUUGGAACUGGUAAAUUAAAAGGAUGUUUUCAAUAGUUAAGAACAAGGAGAUUUCCCAUGAGACUCUUUUGAAUCUCUUCAAGCAAAAUAAGGUGGAGAUAGCAAACGCAAUAACAAAGCCAUUUCCUUUCCUUGAAAGCCUCAGAGACCGCUCCUUUAUCACGGAAAAAAUCUAUAAAGAUUCUCAAGAAGCCCAUAAAAACUUGGUUCCUGUACAGAGAGUGGUGUAUGAAGUUCUCCACUGCCUCGAGAAGACCUUUGAUAGGUCACUUCUACAAGUCCUGUUCAGCAGGGUUCAUCUGAAGGAGUAUCCUGAUUUAAUUCAUGUUCAUAGAAUCUUCGAAAAUGUACGUGAAGAAAAAUAUUUUCCCCAGAAAAAUGAUAAUGAAGAGAGACAAAACCUCCCCCACACUGGGCCAAGCUCUGAACAAGCACUGGAUAAAUCCACAGAUUUAAGAAUAAAAGAGAGGAAGUCAGAGACGGUGUGUACCCCGCUGAAUGAUGGGCAAGGUUUCGGUGGUGAAUCCAGUGAGGAGGAAGGGCCCCUGGAAGCUCUGAGCUCUGCAGGAUGCCAAGGGCCAGAGGAGGAGGGUGAGGACUAGGAGGCGAGUGAGGACGACCAGCUUUGGACUCUAGACCCUGAGGCGUCUGCAUUCAGAGCUCCUGCUUCCUGACGUGCCCUCCUUUCAGUGCGCUCUACAGCCAAUGGUCCUGUCAACUCUCCCAACACAUUUCCAGUAUUUACCUUUUGUGCCAUUUUGGGAAAUGUGGGAGACAGGGUCUUGGUCACUGAAUAUGUGUGUUGAGAUAUAAACGUUACAGUAGAAAUAAACUAGAAGAUUUCUGUUUGCUUA